AUGGAUAGGGUUGGGAAACAUGGGCCGGUUCCGCUGCUCCAGGGCAUGGUCCGCAACCUCAUCGCCAAAGGCUCGCUCUCCCAGCCCCUAAUCCUCUAUAACCGCACUCAGUCCCGAGCCACUUCCUUCUCCGAGACGCUCACCGCCGGCAGCACCACCGUCGCCUCGUCGGUCGCAGAAGCGGUCCUGCCCGCCUCCAUCAUCUUCACAUGUCUGGGCGACGACAAGGCCGUCGAGGCCACGAUCGAUGCAGCCCUCCAAUCAACAGACGUCAAGGGUAAACUCUUCGUCGACUGCUCCACCGUUCACCCGGACACAUCUCGCAAGCUGGAGAAGCUCCUCGAGUCCCGGGGCGCCAGCUUCAUCGCAUGUCCGGUCUUUGGCGCCCCGCCCGCCGCGGACGCCGGCCAGCUGGUCUGCGUGAUGGCCGGGAAGAGACAUCUGAUCGAGCGGGUCAAGCCGUACUUCGCCGGCGUGGUGGGACGGGCCAACAUCGAUCUCAGCGAGACCUCCGAGGAUCCCGGCAGGGCUGCGAUGCUCAAGGUUCUCGGCAACUCGAUGAUCUUCCAGAUGGUGUCUGCGGUGUCGGAAGGUAUGGUAGUGGCGGAGAAGUCCGGGCUGGGUGUCGGCGAGGUGCACAAGUUUCUGGAGGCCGUCUUUCCCGGUCCGUACGUUGGGUAUUCGAAGAGGAUGAUUUCAGGGGAUUAUUUUACGCGCGAGGAGCCGCUGUUUGCGGUUGAUUGGGCGCGGAAGGAUGUUGCGCAUGUUCUUGAUCUGGCGAAGAGCGUGGGGUCCGAGAUGAAGGGAACAGAGAGGGUUGAUGAGUAUCUGAAAGAGGUCAAGGCGCAUUCGGGAGAGAAGGGAGAUAUUGCCGCCAUUUACGGCAUUGCCAGGGAACAUGCCGGCUUGAAGUUCGAGAAUAAAUGA